AGAACAUUGAACGUGUAAGGUCUAAGCACGGUGCCACGGCAGCCACGCUACACGUAUGUACGUACAUCUUAACCUUCGCCAUUGACGUCUACAAACUCAUUUUCAUUCUACCUAUAACUUUUAUAACACUGCGAUAAAGACAUACGACGACCACAAAAAUGGAUCGAAGCCUUGAUGAGAUCGUUGCUGAAUCUCAGCAUCGCACCCGAGGCCCCAGACCUCGUCGAGGUGGUGGUGGUAAUGGUGGCGGCGGCGGCGGUGGAGGCCGACCACGAGAGCGCGACUCUUAUCCCCGCGAUGGCGUAAGAAAGUCAACCCGAGAUGAUUCUCGAAACUUGGAUUCGGAGUGGGUUCAUGAUAGGUUCGACGAUUCCGGUUCUCGCAACCGCCCACGUCAAUCAAGACGACAGCGCUCUCCAGAGCGAGCCCAGGACGCUCGCGGAGCCAAGCUCAAGGUAGACAAUCUACACUAUGAAUUGACUGAGGUCGACCUCGACGGGCUUUUCAACAAGAUUGGGCCGGUUCUUAAGCUUGAGUUGUUAUAUGACCGUGCUGGGCGCUCUGAAGGCACGGCAUUUGUCACCUAUGAGCGACGCGAGGACGCAAUGGAGGCCAUCAAGGAAUACGAUGGUGCUAAUGCAAAAGGUCAACCGGUCCGUCUGUCACUCGUAUCCUCGGCGCCUAAGCGUAACCCCUUCGACACUGCGCAUAUGCCUGGUCGAUCAUUGGCUGAACGCAUCACUCGGCCCCGCUCUCUCUCUCCUCGACGAUCCGACAGGGACCGGGGUGUUGAUCGUUAUGUUCCAGGCCGUGGCAGUCGAUCGCGCAGUCCCCUCCCCCGCCGACGUGGUGCCGGCGGUGGCGGCGGUGGCGGCGGCGGCUACAACAGCAGUGGUGGUGGGGGUCGUGGAAGACGUCCAGGCGCACGACGCGAAGGGGCGAGUGCGCCUAACGGACGAGAACGUUCCGGCCGUGAAGGUCGAGCUAAGAAGACUCAGGAGGAGCUUGAUGCUGAGAUGGCCGAUUACUUCAACCCAGGUGGAAACGAGACUGCUGCUCCGGCAGCCCCAGCUGGCGAUGAUGUGGACAUGAUUGAGUGAUUCAAGAUAGGGGCAGAAUAUUGUAAUUCGUGAUAACCCCAGACUCACAAGUUUAUUUCUCCCUCAUGAAUUACUACUUACCCUUGCCUGAUUUUGAUGGCGUCCUCUGGGUAGCAGUGCUCCAAAAAUUGAACCAUGUACACCAGACUGUGCUUAAACAUAUAGCAACCCUAGAUCCAUCGUUAGACUCCG